AGCACAGCGAUCAGUCACUUUAAUCAAGUUUUUAGCGACUGGUGCGAUGUUCAUGACUUGCUCAUCAAGACGUCACGGACUAUUUGUGAGUCGACCCCGUUCGACCCCGGCCCUGUUGAUCCGACAAAGUGUCCCUGGGAAAAUGAGAGUAUUCAUCAGGGUUCCCGGGAGAAACGGGCCGCUCCGGUGACGGAGGAGUUUCUCCCACAGCUGACAGAAGCAGCGUCGCUCUCUUGAUUAGUUUAGUUUCUAUGCCGCAGGGCCGCGUUGCAGUGGCUUAUUACAGAACCAGCACAGCAGGACGACAAGAAGAAAGCAGUCCUUACUGGAUCUCUGCUGAAGAAAACUAGGCAAAUGAAUGAGAAAAGUGGGUGGACGGAAGAAAGCCAGUAGGAGCGGGCGAUCGAUCUCGCCCAAGUUCUCAAAGCCUUGUGAAAGAUAUGACAUCAAAGCUCUGAUCGGCCGCGGCAGCUUCAGCCGCGUGGUUCGUGUCGAGCACAGGUGUACACGCCAACCCUUUGCCAUCAAGCUUCUGGAGGUCAGAGGUCGCGAGGGUCACAAUACAUGUCAGGCGGAACUCGGAGUCCUACGUCGGGUCAACCACGCUAACGUCAUCCACUUGGUCGAGGUAUUCGAAACGACACACCGAGUCUAUCUCGUUCUCGAGCUGGCCACUGGAGGAGAGCUCCUGGAACGUGUGGUCGCCCGAGGGUCCUUCAGAGAGCGGGACGCCACAAGGGCCUUGAUGAUGGUGGCCAAUGGGCUGUGCUAUCUCCACACACUGGGCGUCAUUCACAGGGACCUCAAACCAGAGAAUCUGCUGUACUACCAUCCAGGUCAAGACUCACGGUUGAUCAUCACUGACUUUGGACUUGCCUGCUGGGACAGCCAGAGCCCAGCGAAGAGAAGAUGUGACUGUAAAGAUGCACAAAGCCAUGAUGGAUGUGUCAAAAUGUCAGGUGCGACAAAUGUUUUUAGAGGAGAUCAGGACAGUGGUGCCAAUGAGAAUGAUACUUCAGAGAGUGAUAUAGAUGUUGACAAAACUAAGGAACCAAGAAGAAACUUUUCUGAAAAUGAAAAGACAAGUCUUGAUGAUGUCUGUCACGGCCAUACUGACUCUUCCUAUAAUGCUAUCGGUAAAACUAAAGACUGGGCUCUUAGGACGCUUUGUGGCACACCAGAAUAUUUGGCUCCUGAGAUGGUGGCCGGGAGACCGUAUAACAGCGCUGUGGAUUUGUGGGCGCUGGGAGUCAUAACUUAUAUUCUGCUAAGCGGCUCGCUGCCCUUUGACCAUACCAGUCGACCGCGCCUCCUCAGGGCUAUCCUUAGGGGCAACUACAGUUUCCAUGGCAAUCCGUGGAACUCUGUAUCUACACAGGCCAAAAGCUUCAUUGAUCGCCUUUUAACCUUCAACCCUGAGGACCGUAUGACUGCUGAGGAAGCCCUUAGACAUCCAUGGCUGGUCAGCACGGCAGCUUCUUCCUCGAACAAGAACCUGCACCGCUCCAUAUCCCGAAACCUCCAGCAGCGGGCGUCACGUGCAUCCUCUCGACGUCCCAGCUCGGGCUCUGCUCAAGGCUCACGUUUGGCGAUGAGGUCCGGGACACGUCUGGGGUCUGCUUCACGGUUAGGGCUUGGCAACAAAUCACAAUGCAGCUUAAAGGUCACUACUUGAAACCCUGCAAUUAAGUGAUAGUAUCUGUAAAGAGACCUGAUAACUUUGAUGUACAGUUUGGACUGCAUUUCUCAGGUCUUUAAAGCCGCUCUAUGCAUUUUUGGCGUUUUUGUCAAACAGCGACCCCUAGAGAAUACUUGCAACUGUCGUAAUUUCCCACUCUAGUACAUCUCCGAAGAUAAUGACCAGGUAAUGUUUCACAAUUUCAUACAAAUAUUAGGCUACUGCAUAGUCUACUAAACUACAGAUGAUGUUAAUAGGAUAAUAAGAAGUUUAUUCCAAGUGUAGAGUGCAUAUAAUAAUAAAGUAGCCUACCGCAUUUGCUGGCUUAUAACGUUUUUACAUGAUUGCAGCUAAAUCACAAGUAAACAUUACAAAAUGCCAUGACAAAGUUAAUUGUGUACGUUGCAUUAUUUCAUAACAUUGGUCGUUAUAAUGACACUAUACAUGAUUAUUGCUAUUUAUCAUAAUAGUUUGCAAAUUGUGCAUGUUUACACUAUUUACAACCUCUAGGCUUAUUAUAUA